GCUAAAUCAACAUUCAACCGGCUUUUGUUUUCUCUUUGCAAAAAUUUUUAUAUUCUCCAGACGAAUUUUACGAUCAUAAAAGCCACACCAAGCCAGACAGAAAGAACAAACGAGUCAACUUACAAGACCUUGAAUUUUUCAAUUUAAAAUAUAAUAUCAAUAGCUUUGUUAAAAGUAUUUUGAUAAAAAUCAGUAACUGUCAAAAUGUCUCUUGUUCCUCUUGAAUCAAAUCCUGAGGUGAUGACCAAGUUUAUUCAUCAACUUGGUGUAUCAAGUAAAUGGUGUUUGACUGAUGUUUAUGGAACUGACCCUGAACUUUUGGCAAUGGUGCCACAGCCACUUCAGGCACUCAUUUUGUUGUAUCCAUACACUGAUAAGGCUCAAGCAUAUGACAAUGAAGUUGUUGAAAAACUAAAAAAUGAUGGUCAAAAAGUAUCACCAAAUGUUUUUCAUAUGCAACAGUGUGUUUCAAAUGCCUGUGGUACUGUUGCAUUAAUUCACUCAGUUGCCAACAAUUUGGAUGUAAUUGAAAUUGAAGAUGGUAUGUUGAAAACAUUUCUUGAAAAAGCUAAGGAUUUAUCAUUUGAAGAAAAAGGACAAUUGUUAGUUGAUACUGCUGUUAGUGGUAUUAUGGAGGCACAUGAACAAUUGGCACAAGAAGGACAAACUGAAGCACCUGAUGAAAAUGCACCAGUUUAUCAUCAUUUUGUUGCUUUUGUUGAAAAAGAUGGAUCACUCUAUGAGCUUGAUGGAAGAAAACCAUUUCCAAUAAAUUAUGGUCCAACAACAAAGGACAAACUUCUGGAAAAUGCAACAAAAGUUUGCUCUGAAUAUAUGGCAAGAGAUCCAGGUGAAGUUCGCUUCACAAUGAUUGCUUUGACAUCAAGCGAAUAAUCAUCAUCAAAUUACUUCAUACCUAAAAAAAAAAAAGGAAUAUUUACGUUUUUUUUUCAAAUAUAAGUUUUUUUAUAAAAUAAGGCUUCACAGUGUCAUCUAGGUAAUUAUCCUUUUUUUUUUUUUUUUUUUUCAUAUAUUAUACGCAAUUUAUAAAAAUUGAUACAAAAAAAAAUUGCAAAAUUAUUAUAUUAACAAAUCCAACGUGAUUGAGUGUUUAACUUUAUUUUGUCAAUUUCAUAAAUGUUUAAAUAAAAAAAAUUAAUUAUAAA